CCAUCUAGCUUUCAUUGCUUCACUUCUGCAUUGAAGACAAUUUCAAAUAGUUCUUUUACAUUACAAGUUGUCAUUCACGAUUCAUUAAGAAAACGUAGAAAACUGCAAGGAAGAUUAGAGAUAUAGCCGCGGAAAUAAGAAUAUUAAAAAGUGAAAACAACAUUAAGCGACUCGGCUCAUGAUGAUCGACGCAUCAGUUUUCGUUCAUAAUUCACUAAAUUUCCAAUUUUUAUCUGUUUGUCACUACAUUUCCUCUCUUGGAAUUAUAUUUCACAACAAAGGCCUAAUUAAAUAUAAACAACGACAUCAAACUAUCCCUGUGCUGAACACUUUCUUUAAAUAUCUUGACGAUUCCAACAAUGAAGCUCAGACAAAACUUGAGCUUCUACAAACUAUAUUGAGGGGAAGUGAUCUUUAUAGUGGUGGCGAAAAUGAAAAACUUGAUGCGACAUACGUUGAUGAAACGUAUGAGUACAUCAUUAAAAUAACUCUUUUUUCGCACUACGACAACAUAAACAUAUAUUUAUCAAGACUAUUAAGCAAGACAUCUUCUAUAACUUAUUCCAAUUUUAUAGAAUUUGUAAGAACUGAGUUCUAUAAAAAAUACGUCAGUAAGGAUUACUGUUUAGGAACAAUCCAAAGUCCAGAACUUAAUUUACUGUCAAGAAAAAAAACUUUUUCUGACUAUAUUCUACCAAUGUUUCCUAAGCCAGACAAUACAAAUAUGAAUAUUAUAGACGAGGAUUAUAUAUACGCAAUGGCUGGUUUAAAAUUGGUUAGAUCUGUACUUAAAGAAACACUAUACGCUUCUUUUAGCGAUUACGUUUCUAUUGCACGAGAGUUUGAUUUAGAGAAUAAAUAUCACAAAAAAGAAAUCAUUGAAAUAAUUUUAGUACUUUUCUCAACACCUGCAGUAUUUAUCCAUGCUUUGAAGGAAAACAAUACACACAGUGAAAUAUCCAAAAAUUUUAUGACAGAGAUGUUUUGGGUUGAAGCAUAUAAACAUAUAUUAAAUUAUCUUGGUUUAGCAGUGAAUAAAAUAGAGAAAAUUCCUAUAUGUCAAAUAUUAAACGAGUUAUAUAUUCCCCACCUACAAAUAAUAGAUCCUAGAUUUGAAUUAACUUUCCGUCUAAGCAAGUUUGGCUACAAAAGUUUGUACAAGAUGAAUUCCUAUAUGCUUAGAAAAAUUCCAAACGAUUUUAGAUAUAAAAAUCUCAAAUUACUAUUAACAUCCAUGUUAGAUAAUUUACAAAGAAAUAUGCAACUGUCAACAACAUUUAAUGGUUUGAUACCGAAUAAAGAGAUGAGUGAAGAAAAUAAUAAGGAAGUCAUUCAAUUCUAUUAUCCCGGAGGUAAAAACUUCUUUGGACCCACUUGUAUUUUUUUAUCGGGAAAAAUUUUAGAAAUAAGAACAAUCGAAAGUAGACAAAUCCGAGUUCCCGUGUUGCCAGUAAUUUUUAGGGGAAACAAAAUUUAUUAUAUGGAAUAUAAUCUUGAAUUUGGUGAAUUUUCUGAUGUAUAUCUGGAAAUGGUUAGAAAUGAUUUUCUUCGCCAAAUUAUUAUACCUUCUUCCAAUAACAAUUCACUUGUUAUCUCUGUAGAGAUAACAAGUGAUUAUCAAGUUCUCUACAAUACAAAUGAGUGGAAUGAGACGCUGAUAAAGAAGAUGAAAUCUAAUCCGACGGAAAAUUUUAAUUCACCUGCUGAUGAAGAAAAUGUAUCUUUCCUCGAUAAUUCUGAUAAACACAGACAAUUUACUGGAAGAGGUGGUUUACCUAGUGACGAUAUUCCAGGAUCCUCGGGAAGAUCUGGACAAGUUAUUGAAACAGAAGAUAUUUCAAGUGAUUAUUUUGAUAAACUUAUUAAAUUUAAUGCUCCUGCUCAAAAAGAACAUUCAUCUUUAGUAGACAAUUCCGAUACAUACAGACAAUUUACCGGAAGGGAUGGUUUACCUAGUGACGAUAAUUCAGGAUCCUCGGGAAGAUCUGGACAAGUUAUUGAAACAGAAGAUAUUUCAAGUGAUUAUUUUGAUAAACUUAUUAAAUUUAAUACUCCUGCUCAAAAAGAACACUCAUCUUUAGUAGACAAUUCCGAUACAUACAGACAAUUUACCGGAAGAGAUGGUUUACCUAGUGACGAUAUUCCAGGAUCCUCGGGAAGAUCUGGACAAGUUAUUGAAACAGAAGAUAUUUCAAGUGAUUAUUUUGAUAAACUUAUUAAAUUUAAUCCUCCUGCUCAAAAAGAACAUUCAUCUUUAGUAGACAAUUCCGAUACAUACAGACAAUUUACCGGAAGAGAUGGUUUACCUAGUGACGAUAAUUCAGGAUCCUCGGGAAGAUCUGGACAAGUUAUUGAAACAGAAGAUAUUUCAAGUGAUUAUUUUGAUAAACUUAUUAAAUUUAAUGCUCCUGCUCAAAAAGAACACUCAUCUUUAGUAGACAAUUCCGAUACAUACAGACAAUUUACCGGAAGAGAUGGUUUACCUAGUGACGAUAUUCCAGGAUCCUCGGGAAGAUCUGGACAAGUUAUUGAAACAGAAGAUAUUUCAAGUGAUUAUUUUGAUAAACUUAUUAAAUUUAAUGCUCCUGCUCAAAAAGAACAUUCAUCUUUAGUAGACAAUUCCGAUACAUACAGACAAUUUACCGGAAGAGAUGGUUUACCUAGUGACGAUAAUUCAGGAUCCUCGGGAAGAUCUGGACAAGUUAUUGAAACAGAAGAUAUUUCAAGUGAUUAUUUUGAUAAACUUAUUAAAUUUAAUGCUCCUGCUCAAAAAGAACACUCAUCUUUAGUAGACAAUUCCGAUACAUACAGACAAUUUACCGGAAGAGAUGGUUUACCUAGUGACGAUAAUUCAGGAUCCUCGGGAAGAUCUGGACAAGUUAUUGAAACAGAAGAUAUUUCAAGUGAUUAUUUUGAUAAACUUAUUAAAUUUAAUACUCCUGCUCAAAAAGAACACUCAUCUUUAGUAGACAAUUCCGAUACAUACAGACAAUUUACCGGAAGAGAUGGUUUACCUAGUGACGAUAUUCCAGGAUCCUCGGGAAGAUCUGGACAAGUUAUUGAAACAGAAGAUAUUUCAAGUGAUUAUUUUGAUAAACUUAUUAAAUUUAAUGCUCCUGCUCAAAAAGAACACUCAUCUUUAGUAGACAAUUCCGAUACAUACAGACAAUUUACCGGAAGAGAUGGUUUACCUAGUGACGAUAUUCCAGGAUCCUCGGGAAGAUCUGGACAAGUUAUUGAAACAGAAGAUAUUUCAAGUGAUUAUUUUGAUAAACUUAUUAAAUUUAAUGCUCCUGCUCAAAAAGAACAUUCAUCUUUAGUAGACAAUUCCGAUACAUACAGACAAUUUACCGGAAGAGAUGGUUUACCUAGUGACGAUAAUUCAGGAUCCUCGGGAAGAUCUGGACAAGUUAUUGAAACAGAAGAUAUUUCAAGUGAUUAUUUUGAUAAACUUAUUAAAUUUAAUGCUCCUGCUCAAAAAGAACACUCAUCUUUAGUAGACAAUUCCGAUACAUACAGACAAUUUACCGGAAGAGAUGGUUUACCUAGUGACGAUAAUUCAGGAUCCUCGGGAAGAUCUGGACAAGUUAUUGAAACAGAAGAUAUUUCAAGUGAUUAUUUUGAUAAACUUAUUAAAUUUAAUACUCCUGCUCAAAAAGAACACUCAUCUUUAGUAGACAAUUCCGAUACAUACAGACAAUUUACCGGAAGAGAUGGUUUACCUAGUGACGAUAUUCCAGGAUCCUCGGGAAGAUCUGGACAAGUUAUUGAAACAGAAGAUAUUUCAAGUGAUUAUUUUGAUAAACUUAUUAAAUUUAAUGCUCCUGCUCAAAAAGAACACUCAUCUUUAGUAGACAAUUCCGAUACAUACAGACAAUUUACCGGAAGAGAUGGUUUACCUAGUGACGAUAUUCCAGGAUCCUCGGGAAGAUCUGGACAAGUUAUUGAAACAGAAGAUAUUUCAAGUGAUUAUUUUGAUAAACUUAUUAAAUUUAAUGCUCCUGCUCAAAAAGAACAUUCAUCUUUAGUAGACAAUUCCGAUACAUACAGACAAUUUACCGGAAGAGAUGGUUUACCUAGUGACGAUAAUUCAGGAUCCUCGGGAAGAUCUGGACAAGUUAUUGAAACAGAAGAUAUUUCAAGUGAUUAUUUUGAUAAACUUAUUAAAUUUAAUGCUCCUGCUCAAAAAGAACACUCAUCUUUAGUAGACAAUUCCGAUACAUACAGACAAUUUACCGGAAGAGAUGGUUUACCUAGUGACGAUAAUUCAGGAUCCUCGGGAAGAUCUGGACAAGUUAUUGAAACAGAAGAUAUUUCAAGUGAUUAUUUUGAUAAACUUAUUAAAUUUAAUACUCCUGCUCAAAAAGAACACUCAUCUUUAGUAGACAAUUCCGAUACAUACAGACAAUUUACCGGAAGAGAUGGUUUACCUAGUGACGAUAUUCCAGGAUCCUCGGGAAGAUCUGGACAAGUUAUUGAAACAGAAGAUAUUUCAAGUGAUUAUUUUGAUAAACUUAUUAAAUUUAAUGCUCCUGCUCAAAAAGAACACUCAUCUUUAGUAGACAAUUCCGAUACAUACAGACAAUUUACCGGAAGAGAUGGUUUACCUAGUGACGAUAUUCCAGGAUCCUCGGGAAGAUCUGGACAAGUUAUUGAAACAGAAGAUAUUUCAAGUGAUUAUUUUGAUAAACUUAUUAAAUUUAAUGCUCCUGCUCAAAAAGAACAUUCAUCUUUAGUAGACAAUUCCGAUACAUACAGACAAUUUACCGGAAGAGAUGGUUUAGCUAGUGAAGAUAUUCCUGGAUCUUCGGGAGAAUCUAAACAUGUUAUUGUAAGAGAAGAUUUCACAAAUGAUAAUGAUGAUAAUGUUAAUGAUAAUGAUCAAGGACAACUCAGUUAUGACAAUUUGUAUUAUAUCAAGAGGUUUGAAGAAGAACAUUUCAAUGAAUUUAUGGGAUAAAUUUUUUUUAAAUUGUAGUUCUCAUAAAUAAUUAUGAUGAUGAUGAUAAUUUAGAUCAAGUACAACUCAGUUAUAUAAAUUUAAUCAAAAAAGUUGAAGAAGAACAAUACAAUAGACAUUUCUUAUAAAUGUUAUUAAAAUUGUAGGUCUCACAUGCAGAGAAAUAAUGAGAGUAUUUUGAAUCAUAUUAAUAAAGAUAACUUUUUAUUGCAUAAAAAAUUUUUUGCAAUCGUUUUUCCCCAUACUUUAACAAAAUAUAUUGAAGCACCUAUAUAGAUAUUUUUACAUUCUCAUCAUAAUGAGAAAGUAUUACAUUUGCCCGAUUUUGACCAACUUCUAAUUCAUGUAAAUCUUCACGUUUCAAGCCUUUCUGAUGCCAAAAAAAUAGGUUUUAAAAAA